UCUUGGUUCGGUUCUUAGAAGGGGGUGGCGGAGAUUAGGGAUCGGGGGAACUGCUGAUAUUUAGGGAAACGUGCUGGGUUUGUUUGUUUUCUGUUUUUCCAGCAGACGUCAGGAGGCAUGCCGAUGUACCAGGUAAAGCCGAUCAGUGGGGGAGAUAUCCAGAUUGACUUGCCGACCUGCAUGUACACGUUAGCGAAUAUCCACGAUCAGAGAAGCGGCUGUGCACAGGCGCACCAGGACGGAGAGGCCGACCCGGCGGUGCGGGCCCUGGAGGCGCGGCAGGACGAGAUCCUGCGCCGGCUGCUGGAGCUGAAGGCCGCCGUCGAGGGGCUGUCCAAGGCCAUCGCCACGCCCGACGCCGACGUUGACGUGACCAGCGUGUCCCGGGACGUGGGCCACGCGCCCGGCGCCGGCGCCGCAGGUCUGGACUCGCUGCUGGGCAAGGACAACGGCGCGCUCAGGGACAUCGUGGUCAACGCCAACCCCACGCGGCCGCCCCUGGCCCUGCUGGUGCUGCACAGCCUCCUGCGGCAGCGCUACAGGGUGCUGUCCACCGCGCACGUCCACUCCUCCGUCCCCUCCGUCCCCCCGGGGCUUCUGGCCUGCCUCGGCCCACGCGACCCCGUCAGCUGCUCCCGCCACGACUUCCAGCUGGGCUUCACGCUGAUAUGGAAAGAUGUGCCCAAACCCCAGAUGAAGUUCAGCAUCCAGAACAUGUGCCACAUCGAAGGGGAGGGCAACAUCGCUCGCUUCCUGUACAGGCUGCUGGGCUGCGGGCCACAGGACGCCGUGAUGGCCACUGUGGUGGACAGCUGGGUGGACACGGCCUUCUUCCAGCUGGUAGAGGGCAGCAGCAAGGAGAAAGCUGCCGCGCUGCGGGCUCUGAACGGGGCUCUGGGCCGGUCUCCGUGGCUGGCGGGCUCGGAGCUGUCGCUUGCUGACAUCGUGUGCUUCUGCGCCGUGCUGCAGUCUGCCAGCACCAGCUCCGUCCCCACCAACGUGCAGAAGUGGAUCAAGUCCUGCGAGAACUCGGGAUACUUUACCUGCGUCUCCCAGCUGAUGCGGUCCCCAUGAGGCUUCUGCAUCAUAUUCAAGUGAAGAGUGACCUCAAGAUGUCUCAAUACUAAGGAAAAUGCUCCCUCCCACCUUGUGCCUAUAUGAUCUAGAGCUGUGCAGGUUUAGUACCCAUUUAAAAAUGUUAUUUGGGUUCUGACUCAGUGGUGGAAAUGUUAAGUACUGUAAGCUAAAAAAUACUUUUAAUGUAAAGCAGCAUUUGUAGAAGUUUUUCUUCUAAAAAAUAAAAAAAAUCUUCCACAUUG